GUUUUGUGGCGCAUGCGCAUUUUUGGCAGUUCGGGAUAAAUCACAGACCGUUCUUUCUAGCACUGUGCAAUAAAUGAAGGCUUGCCUCGUAAACAAAAGAUUUUCCUGCUGGAAUUGUGCGCAAGUUAGCUUCACUGUACGUAAUGCCAUUUAUCCACGAUUUACUAUGGAACCGCUCGAUGUAAUGCGUUUUGAGGUGUGAGACAUAACGCUAUAGGUACUGAGAAUUUUCCUACGUCCUUUUCGGUCCACGAAAUCACCUGUGGUUUCUUCUUUCAUACUAUACAGGGUGUCCCAACUAUCAUGCACCAAGAUUUCAAAAAAAUUGCGUUACUCUAAGAAAACCUAGUGCAUAUUGUUUCCAGUACAGUGGAGUAGCCGCCAGUAAUUUCUUUCGUUACGAAUAUUCAAUUAGGUCAUUGUAAUUAAUUAUCUAACUCGAGAAGUACUGUCCUAAUUAUCAAAGUGUCAAUGAGAAAAUUGUAGAGCAACACGAAAAACUCCCGAUACAGCUUUCAGUUGCUCAAUACGUGCUGCAUAGUAGUGUCUUUCCAAGCGUGAAAGAAGCCGGCGAAUACUUGCAAAUGCCGCGCGACUCGACGCACUUUGUACUUACUUGUUGCUGACUGGAAAAUAACAUUGGUAGAGAUAUGUGUCAUUAGCAGUUCUCAAGGUGAGGGAAACAGCUACGGACGGUAUCGGCACUCUUACUGUGCGGUUGCUAUAGCGACCAAGUGUAAGAGAUAAAAGGAAAGCCAUGCCCGCGCAGCGUCAAUGCGAUAAGGGGGACAAUAGGCGAGCCUACUUACUAGCUUGAAAGCAAACAACUGCUCCGACUCACAUAGCUUGUGACAAAGUCGUGUUCCUUUCAAGGAAGUGAGGCGAUUGCUACCGGUGACUAUUUGACGCGGACCUCAUUUCAGCUUUUUGUUUUGAGUGUUUGCGGGCCGAGAAUCGCCAGUGUGCGCGAGUCCACGGACAGUUUCUCACCAGGCACUCCUAACCGGUCCCCGAACGCCCGCAAGCUGCAACAACUUCUGUUCACAGCCUGGAGAAGGAACAACGGCUGAGGCGGCAAUGAACACCACUUCCAAAGAGCCACGAGGUGGCGAGGCUCCUUCCGAGGCCGAGGAACCAGCCGAUGGAAGCCCGUGGAUUCGACAGAAAAAGGUGUGGGUCUACUUGGCGUUGGGUGCUCUGGCUCUGACAGCGAUCAUCGUGGUACCCGUCUGUGCUGUAACUUUUGGCCGUAAAACCGCACCCGAAAAAGGUUACCUUCCCGAGUACAAGAAGUUCCCUGGUCAUGAAAUAUACAGGCCGGGACCGUAUGCUGUUCUCAACGACACGGACCUAGAACAGUGCGCUGCGAACUGUUCGACCAACGACGGCUUCGAGUGCCUGCACGUGAAGUUUUGUCCGCACGAAGGAACGCCACUGGGAACCUGUCAUUUGUUCCGCGCCAACACCAGGCUACGCUCCCACCUGUCCCACAGCUGCGAUAUCUACACUCGCGGAGACCCUGCAGAGAUUGGCAUUCCACACGGAGGCGCAUCAUCUCUCAAGACAGGAUUUGGCGGAAGACUGUCCUGGAUUCUCUUGUGCCUGGUUUUGGCCAAGAUUUUCGUUGCCUGACAAUGACAUGACCGCGCCUCGACAGUGGAGCCACCUGCUGGAAAAGUAUGGGCAUCGUCACUGCGAGGACCCGCUUACCCUCAAUCAGCUUCAGUCGGCACCCUUGCGCACGUCAUGCUCGGAAGAAUACUCCGCGUUUUGUGCCGGAAGCUCACAAGUGAUCUGGGACAGUAUUGCUACGUCAGUCUCUGCGCUAAGUGAGAACAGCAAAGAUCCGGGCUUUUUGUUGUCCUUGCAUGUCCUCUCCAAAAUGGCAGAAACUGAAUAUACUCAAUGGGCCGGGAAUAUGGCAGUAUAGUGCGGAACAGAAAAGACAGAGGAAACGUAUAUACGGAUAUGUGCGUUCAAAAGUGACCAGAUUUGCAAGGGCUGAAAAUUGAAAGAAAAACUUCGGGGCAAGCAAAGGAGAAAAUAUACGAAAAAUGACUUACCGAAAACUUUGUUUGCAAGAUUUGCAAUUCUGUUGUAGUGUCGGCUCACUUUUUCCUCGUUGUAUUGCACUGCGCAUUAUAAAGUUUCUACCAAAUCGUAGGUCUCGUGUUCAAGAGGCAUUUUACCAGAUCUGCAACAGUACUGUGUCUGUUUUUGUGUCUGUACUGCACGACGGGGUGUUCAUCCCGAGUGUACAUUCGUAUUCAUGUCUGUAUAUAAAAAGAGGCUCCGAAUAAACUCCAGCCAAAUCGUGUAUUGAACGUUAAUUUAUAGUGCUUGGCCGAGUUGGUAGUUAAUCAUAAUGUCAUGUCUCCGGUUCGCGCACUCCAUUUUUACACGCUAGUUGGUUGGGCCUCUUUACAAAUAUAUAACUGCCAACUCGUACAUCGCGCUGUUUUGUUUUGCUAUAGCUCUUGGGCGAGAGCCACCUCUCUCGACGGUGAUAUAUCACAUAAUACCCCUGUGAUCACAUCUCAAGCAGUAUAUACUUGUACUGUGAAACACUGUUCCUUGCUAGAGAGGUCUGCUAAUAAACUAACGCUUUUUUUUUUUUCAUCGGCAAUGUGGGCUGCCCCGAAUCGCAGAGCUGUGGGCAGUACAGCAGCACUCUGCAUUCUCAUUCCACUUAAGAUUCCAGCUAUAAUUGAAAGAUUUUUGCUAAUGUUUAACUAUUUUUGCUAAUGUUUUUGCUACUGAACUAAAUUGAAUGGUGUUCCGCAUAAAAUCUCAAGGCAUAUGAAAUAGCGCUCGAAAUAUUUGAUUUUUUAAAAACUUUUUUAAUACACAUAGCAAUAAAUAUGCGGGACUGUGUUUGUUCCAGUGAAAUAGCUUCUAUUAUCCGGAACAGUGUUUCAUAUACCUGUAACAUUUAUCCGAAACAUUGUUUUGCACCCCUCUACCUGGAACAUAGGGAGAAAAGGCAGGUGCAACAAUAUUUAUUUAUUUAUUUAUUUAAACAUAUACUACAGGCCCAAAGGGCAUUGAGUAAGGGGGGUUUAGACUUUACUAUGAAAUCACAAGCAAACUCGUAAGGAACAAGGUUACAAAGCAAGUUUAGUGCACAGUCGUUGGUUCCCAUUGCCAUAAGUGCAUCCGAUAGUUGCUUCUGCGUUCUGUUGAGCAGGGUAUUGCUCUGUCUGCCAGCUAUAUGAUUCGAUCAUUCAUUCACCCAUUGGUCAAAAGAAUGCAAGCUUUUGCUUUAAAGAAGGACAGGAUGUGCAAGAGCUAGAACAUUUACUCAACUUAUCUAUGUCUGUUAGCAUACCAAUGCCUACCGCCCUGAAAGGCACCGUGUAGUGUGUGUUCGUUUUAGAUUUUUGUGGGGAUAGGUUACAAGUUCAAGUAGUGCACAAGUUCACAAGUUCCUGCAUUUGCUAUGAUAAAUCAGCAUUUGUGCAGAGUAUAUAUAUGCUGGAGAGUUGGUGAAUUCUGUAGUUUUGCGAGUUUUUUUUUUACAGGUAUUUGUACACAUUGUGCGGCGCGUGAAAUUGCCUGCGGUGAUCACUGCCACGUUUCGCUCAACACAGUGAUGUCAAUACUGUCAAUA